AUGGCAGGGAACUUUUGGCAAAGCUCGCACUAUCAACAAUGGUUAUUAGAUAAACAAGAUCUGAUCAGGGAGAGACAACACGAUCUAGCGAUUUUGCCCGAAGACGAAUACCAAAAAAUUUUCAUAUUUUUUUCUAGCGUAAUUCAAACUUUAGGCGAACAACUCAAGUUAAGACAACAAGUCAUAGCCACAGCGACCGUAUAUUUCAAAAGAUUCUACGCCCGAAACUCCCUAAAAUGCAUCGAUCCCCUUCUACUAGCCCCCACGUGCAUUUUCCUGGCCUCGAAAGUCGAGGAAUUCGGCGUAAUAUCGAACACAAGACUCAUCACUACCUGCCAAACUGUCAUCAAGAACAAAUUCGGAUACGCCUACACGCAGGAAUUCCCCUAUCGCACCAACCACAUCCUCGAAUGCGAAUUCUACCUGCUCGAAAACCUGGACUGUUGCCUCAUCGUGUACCAGCCCUACAGACCUCUAUUGCAGCUCGUCCAAGACAUGGGCCACGAAGAGCAAUUGCUCACGCUGGCUUGGAGGAUAGUGAACGAUUCUCUUCGCACCGAUCUCUCUCUGCUCUAUCCCCCCUAUCAGAUCGCCAUCGGGUGUCUGCAGAUCGCCUGCGUGAUCCUGCAGAAGGACCAGAAAGGCUGGUUCGCCGAGCUGAACGUCGACAUCGAGAAGAUCCAGGAGAUUGCGAGGUACAUCAUCAAUUUGUUCGAAUUGUGGAAGACGUACGAUGAGAAAAAGGAGAUACAGGGUCUGUUGGCGAAGAUGCCCAAGCCGAAACCGGCGCCCCAACGAUAA